GAUGGAGAAGGGCCACGGUAGGCCUAGUGCACCACUGGGGAGACAUGGAGACGCGGGGAACCUCUGUGUCAAGCGUUCUCACCGGCCCCCGUGGCCCCGGGGCUGGGGCGGAGAGGGGCGGCUUGGUGUGUCUGACUCCAGAUUCGAGCUCAGGAGCGUCUCUGUCACUCCCAGCCGCCCGCUCCGCGCCAUGGGUGGGUUCCGCGCCCUCAUGGCCGCGCUCUGGGCGCUGGGGGCCGCCGGGGCCGCGGCGCUGCGCAUCGGAGCCUUCAACAUCCAGAGCUUUGGCGACAGCAAAGUGUCGGACCCAGCCUGCGGCGGUGUCAUUGCGCAAAUCGUGGCUGGCUAUGACAUCACGCUGGUGCAGGAGGUGCGAGACCCGGACCUGAGCGCCGUGUCCGCGCUCAUGGAGCAGAUCAACAGUGUGUCCGGGCACGAGUACAGCUUCGUGAGCAGCGAGCCCCUGGGUCGGGAGCAGUACAAAGAAAUGUACCUGUUCGUCUACAGGAAGGACGCGGUGUCGGUGGUGGACACGUACCAGUACCCGGACCCGGAGGAUGCCUUCAGCCGUGAACCUUUCGUGGUCAAGUUCUCCGCCCCCGGUUCGGCUGCCGGGGAGCUCGUGCUGAUCCCGCUGCACGCGGCGCCGCACCAGGCCGUGGCGGAGAUCGACGCUCUCUACGACGUGUACCUGGACGUGAUCGACAAAUGGGGCACCGACGACUUGCUGUUCUUGGGCGACUUCAAUGCGGACUGCAGCUACGUGAGGGCGCAGGACUGGCCGGCAAUCCGCCUGCGCAGUAGCGAGGUCUUCAAGUGGCUCAUCCCGGACAGCGCGGACACCACGGUGGGCAACUCAGACUGCGCCUACGACCGCAUCGUGGUGUGCGGCGCCCGCCUGCGCAGGAGCCUGAAGCCCCAGUCGGCCGCUGUGCACGACUUCCAGGAGGAGUUCGGCCUGGACCAGACUCAGGCCCUUGCCAUCAGUGACCAUUUUCCUGUGGAGGUGACCCUGAAGUCCCACUGAAAACCUUCAAGGCCUGGUCAGGGCACGCUGCCUCCAGACUCGACCCGAGGAGGACUCUGGCCUCCACAGAUCUCCUUCCGGAUGGCUGGCCAAGCCCCAGCAAGCCGUGGGGCAGGGCUGGCUGGCCAGAUGGCUGUGGACACAUCACAGGCCCACUCAGCCUGUCUCCCCAUCUGUAAAAUGGGCUGCGACAUCUACCUCCUCCUUGUGAGGAGCACCUACAGGGCGCCGGGUGCGUGGCUGUGCUCAAUAAACGGGAGCAAGCGCUUAGCCAGGACCACACACUGGUCGGCUUCAAGGCCUCCGUGUCCUUUCUUAGGACUCCACCCCUGUGAGGCCCAGACUUUGGUGCUGCAGCCCAGUGGGUCCCAGGUCCCAGCCCCCUGGGGGAACAGGGAUGGCCCAGCCCACCCGUGUCACACCCUGCUGGGAACUGACGCCCUCCAGACCAGGCUCUAGAAUGCAGCUCCCCGAGUGUGCUUGCUUUCCCUCCGUGCCAACCGUAAAUGCAUCCGAGGACUCGUGCUGAGCGCAGCUGGGCACACGCACACACACACACGCACACACACACACACACACACACACACACACACGCGCGCGCGGGCAGUGCUGACAGACAGGGCCAACCUCACAGUCCCUGCCGCCCUCUCUCUCCCUCAGGGGCGAGCAGGCUGGACGCCUCGCCCAGGCGGGGCGGGUUCCUUCUCAGGAGCCCUGGGCUGGACAAGGACUUGGGGAGAACUGUGGCCUGUGUCCCGGGGAAGCCCAUCACCUGAGGAUCGGGAACGAGCAUGAAUGGGGGACAGGGUGUGACUGACAGGGGCCCAGUGAGGUUGCUGGUUUGGGAAACAUCUCACGUUUGGCAACUUUGGGAACUGGCCUGAACUGUGUGGAGGACACACGUUUGCUUCAAGAGCCCACGUGACUUUUUCUCAGGUCACCUUCCUAAAGUAAGGCCGGGGCUCUUGUGGCACAGACGGGCUCACCCCUCCCUGCUUCGCAAGCACCCUGUCUCUGAACCUUUGUGCCCCCUCCAUCUAAACAGGCAGAUGG